AUGGCCGCCAUGAGGAAUGCCCUGGGCAAAGGUCAACAUCACAGCGUUACACAGACGUUCGGCUUGUACUCUCCGGCCUUGGCGCCGAUUCCUUUCUCUUCGGGCCUUUCGACGGGUGCGUUUCCCACGACCACCUUCGCUCAGAACUUCCUCGCGACGCCGCAUCCAGGCCUCCGCGCAGCGCCACCGACGGGCGUCCAGGCGGCACCCUCCUGGCUACGGCACUUGGACCGUUUGUUGGCUGAAGCAAUUGAGGAGGCGAUCACUUGGUUGCCGGUUGACUUCAAUGCAGAGGUCAUGAAUGCAGGAAUUCGAACCUAUGACAGGGAGAUCUGGGGCUGCAUCCACAGGGUCACACAGCUGCUGGUUAUCGCAGACGAGCCUGGAGAUCAGCCGUUGGUCGAGCCUUCCGCGAAGCAGGUCGUGAGAUUCCACGUGGUGGGUGGCCCUCGGAGAAUGACGAUCUUCUCUUCCUGGUGCAAGCUGAUGACAACGUCCCGAUCUCCAAUUGGCCAGCAGGAGUUGAGCGACCGAGACACCCGGUACGAAGUACCCGUCGGCGAAAUGCUCUACUCACGAUGGGGGGCCGCCGGCGGCAUCGUCGACCUCGUCCACCUCCGAGAUGGGCUCCACAUAGGGGCUCGGCGCUGGUGGCACAACUUGAAGCUGAGGGACAACCAGUACGACGGGGACUAG